GCAUGAGCCAAUGCAAGAUGGCGCCACUAUAAACACUCGCCUGCGCCAGAACGGGCUGGGCCGACCAUCAGGCCCCACCUGAAAGAAGCCUCGGGCCGACCAUCAGGCCCCACCAGGAAGAUGCCUACCGGCGCAACAGGCAACGACGUUGUGGCAUCAUGAGUGGGGACGAAGUGAUGAGGGACAUUCGGGAGCGCUCCAAGCUCCGCCGACAACUUGUGGCACAGCAGCUUGGUGUGGCCAAUGCAGACAAGCUGGGUCAAGCUUUGGGUAACAUUGGGAAGCUUCAGGAGGAUCAGGAGCGCAUCAAGAGGCUUAAGAGAUCUCAACAACAGGAUGAACUGGAGGGAGAGGAGGCUACUAACAUGGUCUACACUGAUUCCUCAACUUUCCUCAAGGGCACACAGUCAGCAAAUCCUCAUAAUGACUACUGCCAGCACUUCGUGGACACUGGGCAGCGGCCACAGAACUUCAUCAGAGAUGUUGGCCUUGCAGACAGGUUUGAAGAGUAUCCAAAGCUACGGGAACUCAUUAAACUUAAGGAUGACUUGAUAGCAGCAACAGCCACCCCUCCCAUGUACCUUCAGACAGAUCUGCAAACCUUUGACCUGCACGACCUGCCCACCAAGUUUGAUGUUAUCCUGGUAGAGCCGCCCUUGGAGGAGUACCAACACACCGGUGUUACCAAUGUGCAAUUUUGGGACUGGCAGAAGAUUAUGGAUCUGGACAUUGCUCAGGUAGCAGCACCUCGUAGUUUUAUUUUUCUAUGGUGUGGAUCCUCAGAAGGUCUGGACCUGGGGCGGCAGUGUCUACGAAAGUGGGGCUUCCGGCGUUGUGAGGACAUUUGUUGGAUUCGUACUAACAUCAACAACCCAGGGCAUCUCAAGAACCUUGAGCCAAAGGCUGUUUUCCAAAGAACCAAGGAACAUUGUCUGAUGGGCAUUAAAGGCACAGUACGAAGAUCAACGGAUGGUGAUUUCAUUCAUGCUAACGUUGACAUUGAUCUCAUAAUCUCUGAAGAGGCAGAAUAUGGCUCGCUGGAGAAGCCUGUCGAGAUAUUCCACAUCAUUGAACAUUUCUGUCUUGGGCGCCGAAGACUGCACGUGUUCGGCCGUGACAGCACCAUCCGACCUGGUUGGCUCACACUAGGCCCUGGACUCACAAGCAGCAACUUUGACCCUGAUGUGUAUGCUGGGUAUUUUGCAUCUGGGCAGAUAACAACAGGCUGCACCGAACGCAUUGAAGCUCUCCGUCCUAAAUCCCCUCCACCCAAAGUUAAGGGAGGGCCAGGUGGUAGAGGAAGAGGAGGAAUGUCAUCUCGUGCUGGGUUUACCCGUGGACGAGGCAGAGCUAGAUAGUAGUAGUAGUACUAUGUGCAGUAGAAAUAGUUAAAAGUAAUAGUUUGGUGUAAGGAGUAUUAAAAGAACAACAGGAUUUGGGGUGUGGGGACUAUUUGUUUUAGGUUGUGUCAGUGUUGGUUUUACAACUGGGCUGUGAUAGCUUUCAGUAUAUUAAAAGUGUGUGGGCAGGAUGGGAUAAUGGUGUUUAUUUAAAAGUUGUAGUGGAUGAUUUUCAAACAUGUAAAUUAUAGAGAAGCUAAAGCUAAAUAUUUCAACAAAGAAAAGUAUUGAAGUGAAGGUUGUCUGCUGUUCAGUCACAGAGAUAGACAGUACCACCAUAACUAACCUCACUUUGAAUCAGGCUUUACUGAAACAAAAUUUCCUGGGACCAGAGCACUACAUACAGUUGCAAUACUUUAGAAUAAGGCAAUCAAAUUUCAAAUAUUAUUUACUCCAGUAAUUUUUUGGCUAUGUAAUUUUUCUUAGUUACUAUUAUCAUAAACCCUAUGCUUCCAUGUUAGACAUAUUACAGGACAGAAGCUGGUAACUGAAAAGUCAGAAAAAGUAGGAAUUCAUCACUGCAGAAUAUUUGUAAACAAUAGUAUCAAGGCCUUACAUAUAUUUACAGCGAGAGAAUAAUGUGUGCAUACAUCUACUUAUUUUGACACAUAGUCCAUAGAGAUCUCACAAAUAGGUAGCCACAGCAAAAGUCAAAUUUUCAGACCAACUACACUCACUCAUAGCACGUUCUUGUCCUCCUCACACCCUCCCUGUCUAAUACUCUUAGAAACUAUUUUUUUUCACUUUAAACAUGUCUUCCUCUUACAUCCAUGUAACUCCUUCAGCAUAGUACAUAGGGUUACAACAGCACCUUUGGGAAUAAUUCCUUCACUCUUAUUAGUUAAGCCAUUCAAUCAAACAAACCCACCUUUUACUAUAAUCAUGUCACAAACAUCCCUAAAGUGAUUCAUAUGUUCUUUGUGAAUUUGAGACUUCUGUGUGGUAUGUUCCUGUCUUGCCCUGAUGUGGCUGCAUUUCAUUAUAUCAACUCAAGCCCUUUACAGUUGAUCCCCAAUAUUCAUAGAGGAUGGGUACUGAACACUAUCACUAGCACAAUUUCAUCAGUUGAUGAUGAAAAGUUGCCCUAUUAUACAGAACUUUUGCAUAUAUAUAUAUAUAUAUAUAUAUAUAUAUAUAUAUAUAUAUAUAUAUAUAUAUAUAUAUAUAUAUAUGCAAAAGUUCUGUAUAAAAGGGCAACUUUUCAUCAUCAACUGUUGAAAUUGUGAUAGUGGAAAGUAGGUAUGUUCCGGUACUGAAACCAAUUGGAAGAAUGAAUUGUGGUUGUUUGUGAUAACUUCUGAUACAUGCAGUGAAAAGUGUGAAAUGUUUACAUGUACAUUGGUGCCAUUUUGUUUUAUUCUCUAUCAACACAAGGCUGCAUUCAUUUGGGCAUUAAAGGAAAACUAGACAAGUUAACAUUGACUUAGCUGACUUGUCUCAAAGUUAAUUUGUUGCCGAGGAUGGCGCUGCCUGCACAUGGGAUAUUAAGCAACGUCCACACUACGGGUGACCAGGCCUGGAAUCCCAUCUUUGGCUCCACACAACUCCCUUAUAUGGUAAAGUGGGCGGGGCUACGCGAGCGAGAGGUAUUUGGUGCGUGACACCCAGUUGUCUAUUAAUAGCGAGAGGGGUCAUUACUCAGCCACGCCGCACCAUCCCAUGGACGCGGGUAAUUACUCAGCAAUUCAUAAACAUCUUACAACAGCAUCCAUGCUUGUGGCAAAUGAAAAACAAUAACUACAAAAAUAAAACAGCAAGAAAAUCAAAGUCUCAGUGCAAUUGUGCAUAAAAGGGCCUCUUGAAGAGCUACAUUGGCAAUGGCAGCAUUCAUGCGUACUCCUCCUUCGGCAAUUCAGCGGAGACUGAUGAGCGUGGGCUGCUCACCAAUCGUGCUUCGCCUGUUGCCUAGUGUGGAGGCUCACCCCCCUUACCCCCUCGUCAGUCCGCCUGAUUCAGCGCUGCAUAACCCAUAGUGUGGACGGCCCUUUACACAUUUGCCUGCCAGCUACAGCCAGUGGUAGACAUCAUGUGCAUACCAUCUAUAUGUAACCCACUUUUUUAUUAUGCUUUAUUAUUUUUUUUCAUUACCUACAGGCCCUCUAUGAUUGCAGAGGGCAAAAUCCAUGAACAAAGACGUAAAAAUUAUACAUAAUACACAAAUGCACUACCUACCAAAGGUGGUGAGUGGGAGCAGGUUACUACAGCAGGCUGCAGAGACGGCGGCACAUGCUGUGAGUCAUUCUUAGCCCUACCCACCAUUACAGACACUGAGGAAAAAGUGAAAGAUUUGUUUACAUAUGAGAGUAUGUACAUGAUGUCUAUCACAUGACACAAAAACAAACUGGUGCUGGCUGUAGCUGCCAGGCAAAUAGGUAAUGUUCCAUAUACAGGCAACGACCAUCAGGCCCUAUGAAGAAAGCCUACUGGCGCCACAGGCAAAGACAUAUAAAAAAUAAAUAAAUAUAUAUAUAUAUAUAUAUAUAUAUAUAUAUAUAUAUAUAUAUAUAUAUAUAUAUAUAUAUAUAUAUGGUCACAUACAAGAACUGCUGUGGAAAUAUUGUGAGUAAACUGUUCUUGUGGGAUACCAUUUUUGUUAUGCUCAACUGACCAACUGUCUGGUUUGGCUCACCCCCCACCUACCCACACAAUCCCUCCGUGCAUUGAUUCAGUAGAGCAUUUGGCUAAUAUCACCAUCUUGGCGAAACUUGCUAACUCCAUUGUGUAAUGUUGCACUAUGCUGUGUGGCUAAAGCCCAGGUCACACACUGCCAAUUCAACAGCCAAAUGUGAAAUGACUCAUGGUCCUCUCCCACUCAUAAUGAAAUCUCUGCUGUGAAUAUGUGAACCUGUGAAUAGUGCGGGUCAACUAUAUUUAAAGUGAUGUACAUAGUACAUAAUCUGCUAGAUGGACAGGGGCCACAAUGAAAAAUUAUCAACUCACAAAUUGUGUCUCCCCUGCUGGGAAAUUGAGCCACAGAUUUCUUAGCCAUAAGUGAUACAUACCAGCCCAUACACUACCAUGCUCUAACCUUGAUAAUUAUGGAAGAAAAAAAAUCAUUGCUGUUAAGAGGUGAUGCAGUAACUGCAUGUACAACAGAGAAAAAAAGGUUUAUGAAUUACAGUACAAUAAGUCCGCCUAUGAAUUUUUUGGCUAGUAUUUUAUAAUGCCAAGAGUUAAUGUGUAGCUGAUUUUAUGGAAAUGUUUAAAUUAACUAUAAAACUAAGAGAUAAUUUACCUAAGAUUGUUCUAUAAAAGAUGUCAUUUGCUACUAUUUUCUUAUUAUAUUGAUCAUUUUGAAUCUUCAAACAAUAAAAUUACUCAUAUUCA